UGUCAAUGUUUUGGUUCCUGACAUCUCUCAGCUGAGCAACCACCUAGCAAAAUUUGAGGGCAAAAUAAAACCUUUUCAUAGGUGUUCUUGAAAAAAUAACGGAGCGGCGUAUUGGAUGCAAUAUUUCUCUUUUGAACUCCAAUUGUUUCAGAAAGAAAAUGGGCCGGAUAUUUCUGACACAUAUCGGUGGGCAAAGGUUGUUUUCCUGUUCUAACUGCGACACUCCCCUCACAAACAGGGCAGAAUUAAUCUCAACAAGAUUCACAGGAGCAACUGGACGGGCUUUUUUGUUUAACAAGGUCGUAAACUUGAAGUACAGUGAAGUUCAGGACAGGGUCAUGUUAACGGGACGGCACAUGGUACGAGAUGUCAUGUGCAAAAACUGUGACCAAAAACUUGGCUGGAUCUAUGAGUUUGCUAAUGAGGAGAAUCAACGUUACAAAGAGGGGCGCGUGAUCCUUGAACGAGCUCUUGUGACAGAAAGUGAGGGAUUUGACGAACACAUAGGCAUUGACAGUUAAGGUGCAAUAGACACUAAGUGCUGAAUGAAGCUGCUGUCUCUAGUGGUCAGAUUCAAUAAUUGAACAGGGAUAAGGAAAAGCUGACACCUUGUGCUUUAUUUUAAGGACAGUAUUCUUUCAAUUGCAAUUUAACAAUGUACAUACAUUAUUUUAGUACAUACAUUUGUACUUUGUUAGACAUUUCCUGAGUGAUUCUCAUCUGUUUGACAAAAGAAAAGAAGCUGUUUAAAUUUUUUUUUAAAUUAUAUGUAAAGUCUCACCAUUUAUAGUUGUGUUUGACCAUUGUGAAGGCAGGGCAUUGUUUGGCAAGCUUGUGUUCAGAUUUAGUCUGGUCAGGUUGAUUGUUAAUACACACAUACAUCCAACCUUGACACUUGACGUUGAUACACUCCAGCACUGAUUGAGAGACUUUCAAUUCAAGUAGAUUCCAUCCUCCCACUUAAGGUGGACUCUAGCCAGGGUUUGGUGGCCUUCAGUAGCAGAUUUUUGUUCCUGUUUGGAUAAAUCUCCUGUUUACCUGCAUCCAUGCAAGUGCUUGUCAGAUUUUGAUUUGAUUUGAACUCUGAUAUUCUAAGAUAGGUUUGGAAAGAUGUUGUAUUGUUAAUAUACUAAAGGCAUUUGAAAGAUGUUACAUGUAUUUGUUGUACAUGCACUUGCACUGUUUGUGGAGGGUUGAAUACGCAUUAUUUCUUCAUGACACAUUUUUCACCUCAUUUCAGUAAUCAUGUAACAGUAAUUUUUGUACAAUUACAUUCAUUGAUAAUAACAUGAUGUACAAACUACAUGAGUUAGAAUACUAGAGGUUAAACUAAGUUUUAAUAAUUGUAUAUUUUUUGUCUCUGAUCUCGGUGUAUAGACUGAUAAUCAUGUUCUUGGCAAUUAUUUCAUUGGGAAAAUAUUAGUUUUCUUAUGACAUUCUUAUACAGAAUUAUUGUACAUGUACUUGUAUGAACUGAAAACUGAGUGUGAAUUUCAUAUGUGGUACCAGGUAUUCUUUUGUGAAAAUAAUUUGACUAAUGUACAGAAUAUUGAUGAACAAAUAUUUUGUUUAGCGUUAUGCUGCCUUAAAGUUGUUUUUUUACUCAAUUUCCACAAACCAUAAGACAAUUUAUUAUUUUAACAUGUAAAAAGUUAAUUGGAAACAUCUUUUUUACAACUUGGGUGGGUGAUGCAGUUGAUUGUACAAGGUUUUUGUUUUUUUCUUCAUGAUGACACAUCUUUGUACAGAAUGUUCCAAGUGUGUGGCAUGAUGCCACAUCUCUGUACAGAAUGUUCCAAGUGUGCGGCAUGAUGCCACAUCUCUGUACAGAAUGUUCCAGUAUGCAAAUCUCUGUACAAAAUGUUCAGUGUGCGGCAUGAUGCCUCAUCAUUGUACGGUGUGAUGCCAAAUCUGUGUACAAAAUGUUCCAAGUGUGGAGCGUGAUGCCACAUCCAUGUACAGAAUGUUCCAUGUGUGCGGCAUGUAGCCACAUCUGUGUACAGAUGGUGCGAUGUCUAUUUGUGCUUCAAUUUUUAACCAUUAAUAGUUUGUUAGUGAUAUUUUUGUUAUGUUUGCUUGUUGCUUGAUGUUUAUUUUAUCAUUCUUAUUUAUUUUCAAGAAGUUAUGGAAAGUUUCAGCAAAAUAUUCAAAUGAAUAACCUCUUGUUUGGUAAAGAUCAGAGACAAUUAUGAUUAUUCUAUGAAUGUGAAUUACUGGGUACAGUAAUACAUGAAAACUUGUAAUAUUAUUUAAGUUUUGCUUUUUCUGUUUAGCUAUAGAUGUGGUAGUAUUGGUAAGCUGUUAUAUCUGAGUAUUAUUUAAAUCAAUAAAUUGUAAAUACUG